AUGGUCCACUUUGUAGCAGCAUCUUGCACUGGAGCCACGAGGAACCGCGGCGGCGUCCUGAGUGUCUUCUCUGACCUGUCGUACGUGUUCCGUAUCGUUAUAUCCGUCGCUACUACGUUCCACACCAUGAUGCACCGGCGAGUCAUGUCCCACUUACUCAGGAUGUCGACAGAGAUAUUUCCCCACGACGUUCCGGACCAAUGCUUCCGGCAGGUUCGAAAAUACUCUCUCGUUAUGACCACUCUCGGCGUUACAAACCUCGCUGUGUUUCUUGGAAGCAAGGCGACGGAAUUAUACGCUCUGGGGUUUAAAAAAUAUGCAGAGUACAACCUUUACAACAGCUCUUUCACAUCGGCGAGUCCCGUACUGGGAUACACUGUACCCGUUAUUGAUAUCCUCUUCUGCAGUGUCAUAUCCACUAUGUCAAUCUGGGUGAUGGGAUUUUAUAUCUGUUUCUGUAAAUAUAUCAGUGGACUGUGUACAGCGUUUCACGCAUUCGUCGAAGAGAACGUUUGCGGACGUGCUUUCAUCGAUGUAGCUUCGGCAAUAACAGCAACGGCAUCGACAUCAACCUCAACGGUGCAGUCCAGUGCCCUUUGUCUUCGUCAAGGCGUCACUGGCGUUCUAUUUUGUUUCAUCGGACCCUAUGGAGUUAAGGCUGGUCCGGGGCUCAACGCUCUCAUGAUCUCUGUUCUACUGCCACAAGAGAGAAUCAUGCGCAUGAUGAUGAGAGUUACCAUUUGUGUACGGCUCACUCUUUUUGCUGGAGCAUCCUUGUGGCUUCUCUCGCGUGUUCUGAGGUCGACUUCUUACGGUGACCACAGGAAACAAGAAAACGGAAAAAACAUCGACACGCAAGCAGGCGGCGUUUGUGUUACGGAGGACUGCCAGUACAUGCGGUGGCUCAUCGACAUCUCCGUGGACAAUAGCAAAGAGCCUUGCGACAACUUCUACACCUACGUCUGCACUGGAGCACAGAAGAGGUUCUCAGAAGACUUUGACUUUAUGAAAGGAGGCAUGCUGAAUGUAAUGAGCUUAAACAUGACGAGGAACAUCUACAGGCACUUAAGGUUUACGGUACUUCCAAAGACGGGACAGACACAGUUUGAGAAAGCAGCUGCGUUUUUCCAACAUUGUAGAAAUGCAAACAUGCGUGAAAACGUUAACGCUAUCGUGCAGUUCCUGGAAGAGCACCGCAUGUCGUUCGCUAAAGGUCUGAACUUCGAUCCAUUGGACGUUCAAGUAGAAUUCUUGGUGAAGACAGACAUUCCGCUGAUAUUCCAUAUGUCUUCAUUACUUCUACCCGGUAUGAACGAAUUCAUAUUUGCAAUGUUUCAACACGCAGAUUUUAAUGCUUCCAAGGCAAUGCAGCUGCAAGAACGACACCAGCGAGGAAAACGUAUUAGUGCUAUCUUGAAGGCCGUUUUUUCUGCUACGAUCGACGAAUCUCUCCUAGCUUCUAUCAUAGACGCAGAAGAUAAGCUAAUAGAGAUGUCCGAAUACCCGAACUCUGCAACGAACACACAAUUCGAAUUCUUCGUUUCCAACUUAGGAGACAUUAUGGAAGACAGCGCUCUGUCACGAAAUUGGAUGACCGUUCUUCAACGCCACGCCAGGAAUGGUCUACCUGGAGACAGAAGGCUCACCAUGACCGCAUCAGACAUAGCCUUUUUUCACUCAGUGUAUGGAAGCAAAAUGGCGAUACCGUCCAGUGAUUUAAAGAUAUACAUCGCUUGGAGGACAACACUCUACCUCUUCAGCACUGCUGGCUUGCUACACACCGAAAACGUUAACGAUAUCAGGUGUCUGCGAAUCGUUUUCGAGACAUUUCCAAAUGUAGCAGCUUCCACGGUCGUCUCCUCUACACUCAACCAGACAAGAAUCGCCUCGAUUAAUAAGAUCGUCGCUAACAUAUUUGAGGAAGUUAAGGAUUCGUUCUACAAAUCGUCCUGGCUCGACGCUGACACUCGUAACGGAGCCCUGGUCAAGCUGUCCUUGCUGAAGAAGCGCGUUGGCUACGUUUUAGAUCUCAAUUCCUCCACGGCCGUUGAUGCGUUCAUCAAAGAUGUCCCCGAUUUGAACGGUCCGUUCGUCGCCGACCUCAUUAAGGUGCAGACGGCGGCAACGCAAUCGAUAUUGUCCAAUGUACUUAACAAUUCUGUAGAUCAUAUUCUAACCCAUCGACCUCCGAUGCCUAUCUAUAGCGCCAAUGCAGCUUACACAACGCAGCUCAAUGCGAUUUUUAUUCCACCGGCUAUAAUGCACAGACCUGCUUUCGCGUAUGGAGCUCCUCCCGAAGUAAACUACGGCGCUCUGGGGCACGUGUUGAUGCACGAGAUCAUGCACGCCUACGACGAGAAUGGUCGCUAUUUUGACGGUUUCGGCGAGGGAUCCGAGUGGUUGACGUGGAAAAGUUCAAUAGCGUACGAGACACGUGUUCGCUGCCACAACGUAAGCAUGCGGUGGGCUCUUAAAGGCAAGUUGUUGGUUGACUACCAGAACGAGUAUCUCGCAGACAUUAUGGGCGAGAUGUCUCUCUUGAAUGCGUACAAGAAGGCCUCAAGAAAGACGGCCGGAUCUCUAGGUCAAGUGAAGGACUUAACGAGGGAUCAGAUAUUUUACGUUUCCUGGUGUCUCCUGUGGUGUGGGAAGAAGUUCCCGGAUGCCAGUCACCCGCCAUUGGACGAGCGGUGCAAUGUUCCUCUUAUGAACUCUGUUCACUUCAGUGAAGUUUUUUCUUGUGACAAUCGUGCUCAUAUGAAUCCAGCACUGAAGUGCCCCUUCUGGUAGAGCGUAUAAUAAUGUGCUGCGUUGUAGUGCAACUACAAUUUAUUUAUUUAUUUACAUACCCUCAAGGUCCAGAGGGGCAAGUAGAGGGGGUGGUGGAGUUACGGAAGAAUUGGGCAAAAAUAUAGGAUAAGAUAAGUGGGUAGUACAAAUCAUAAUAUCUAAACAUCAAACACAAUCAACAUACGACAUAAUCAAACUGUAACAGUCAAAAACAUCACUUAUAAACGUCCUGAUCAUUGGUUGUGAGCAUAGUAUGAUGGUUACGGGGCACAGGCAUGAACAACAAAGGGGAGAGUGCCAAGAACCAAAAGGAACACAUCGAGAGAGAUG